AUGGUUUCCUCUCGUGUCCUUGUUGUCUUCUCCAUCGUCGCUGCCAUUGUUUCAACAACUCUGGCUAAGGAAUUCAUCGUCGGUGAUGAAGUCGGGUGGAUCAAAGGGUACAAUUACAACACUUGGGCCAAGAACAAGGACUUCAGGGUUGGAGAUACUCUAGUUUUUAAGUAUCUGGCUGGAAGUCACAAUGUGUGGAAAGUGAAUGGAAGUACUGAGUUCAAAGACUGCAAAACGCCGCCACCACCAAACAAGGCACUGACUACUGGGAAUGACAUAAUCACACUGGCAACAUCAGGAGUAAAAUGGUACAUUUGUGGUUUUCCAGAGCACUGUGAGUAUGGCCAAAAGCUUGCAAUAUUUGUGAGGCCUCAGGCGGCUCUACCUCCAUCAUACAUGGCUCCGGCUCUGGCACCGACUCAGGAAUCAGAAACAUUGGAGCAAGAAUCAAUGGCUUCCUCUCGUGUUCUCCUCAUCUUCUCGCUCGUUGCUGCCCUUGUUUCAACAACCACUUUGGCUAAAGAAUUCACUGUUGGCGAUGAAGCUGGGUGGACGAACGGGUUCGAUUACCAGAAAUGGGCGCAGGGCAAGGACUUCAUGGUUGGAGAUACAUUAGUUUUUAACUAUGCUGUUGGAGAUCACAAUGUGUUCAAGGUGGUGAAUGGAACUUUGUUCCAAAACUGUGUUAAGCCACCAGCAAAUGAGGCUCUCACUACUGGAAAAGACCAAAUUGUGUUGGGGAGUCCAGGCAAAAAAUGGUACAUUUGUGGUGUGGAGAAGCACUGUGCAGAAGGUCAAAAGCUGGCUAUAGAAGUGAUGGGAAGUAUGGGUCCAGCACCUUCUCCAAACAGUGGUGUCAAAGCCAGCAUUUCUAAGCUUUCAAUGAUGAUCAUAUUUGCCAUGGUGAGCUUGGUGAUGAUCAUGGUUUAAUCUGGACUUUGAUUUCAUAUA